AGGGAACAAAAUAAAUCAUCUGGCAACGAUGUUCCUGUAUAUGUAGCAAGCAACAGCAGAAUAGAAACAGCAUGUUGACAGCAUGGGAAGGGUGUCACCAUGUGUAAUUACAACAAAUAAUAAUUUUAUUAAUGUUGAUUCAUUUUGUGAUAUUCAUAUGUCUAGUGACUGUUUGCAAUUUUUGUUAGAACCUAAAAUAAUGAUGAAUAAACGAAUUGAAAUUCAGUCCAAAGCCUUUAUUAAUUAUUUAUAUGAAUGUGGAUUAAUAGAUGAAGACUUGCAUGUGAAAAGAAAAAUUGCCCUUGAAUAUAUGAAAAAAUACAAAGCACUAAAUAAAAUAACCAAAUUAAGUAUGGGCUCUGUUUUGUAUUAUUUAAAAAACGCUAAUUAUAUAUAUCGAGAUUAUAAAGUGACAAUAGUCUUUAUCAAGGAAAAUGUAAGAAAUUUGUUUGCCGAAGGAUUAAAUGAAUCGGUUGCAAAUAGGGGAGAGAAAAAUAAGUCUCUUGCAUCAUUUAUUGGACACUCUAAUAGUGGUAAAUAUAAUUUAGGUUUGAACAAAGAAGAUGAAAAAGGCAAUAAAAUUAAUAAAAAGAGCUUUUUAAUUCCCAAAACAAAUCCUUCUGAUCUUUGUGAUAUAGCUGAAAAGAAGAAAGAUAAUCAGUCUUUCAACUAUAUUUUACAAGAAGCAUAUGCAGUUAAAAAGUUUGAUUUGGUUAAUGAAGCGGAGGGAAUUAUAGAAAACAUGACAAUAAGAAACAUUUGCUCUAAUGAAAUAAACGUCUUUUUUCAUUUUAUCAAUUACACUACAACUAGCACUAAAUUAAUCGAUGUAGUUAAUCCUUUCCGAAAUAUUGUGGUGGAAAUAAGCAAACCAACCGAUUUAUUGUUCGGAAGGCAAACAACUAUCACAGGGCGUAUUAUUCUGCAUAAAAAAAUUACAGUAGAUGAAUUUGUUGUUAUAUUUGUUUAUAGAAAUGAACAAAAAAAGAUAAUCCAGGUCGUAAAAAAACUAGACGUGUGUAAUAAUUAUGUGCGUUUGCAAGACGCUUUUCUACCAGAAGGUGAGUUUAUGGAAGAAGUAUCUCGAAAUAAAAUUGUGUCCGGGACAUCAAGGAGAAUAAAGACAUCUUUUCGCAAUGUUAUUGCAAUUAAAGAUUAUCUUAUGCCUAAUGAUAUAAGAAUUUUACUAACAAAGAAUUUGAGAAAACAUCCCAAUUUAACUCUAAUGCAAGAAUUUGAAUUAAAGAGAAUAACGAAAAUGCUAAAUGUUCAUGAUCCUCAAAAUUGUUUAACGGUAAAUAAUUAUUGUGACCUUUUGAGGUUACUGUUAUAUAUGGAAGAACAUAAAAUUAAAAGUGAUUUAAGCAGAUACAAUUUACAAGGUCAAAAACUUGUAAGAACCAGCGGCUUACCUCCAUUUUGUUUAGAAUUGAGGGUUGUAGGUUUAGCUGAAUCUAGGCCGUCUCCUGUUCCCGGUGAUUCUGUUUUUGUUAAAGAAGAAAAUGUUAAUACGCUUGUAAAAUAUGAAGGGAUAAUACAUAACGUAAAAGCUGAUAGUGUUGUGUUAGGUUUCGAUAAAAGUUUCGCCAAUAAAGUUUAUUCUCCUUCCGCAACUUAUACCGUUUAUUUCUCAGUAAACAGACGAACACUUCGAUGUGAACAUCAAGCUAUUGAACUUAUACAGCAACAUAAAGUCCAAAAAUUUUUUUUUCCUGAUAGUUGGUAUAAAAGUCAGUUACUGAAGGAUAUGUUAAGCAUUUCACUUUUUCAUGUAAGUAUUGGCAAUUUGAACCCCAAACAGCAACAAGCUGUGCAACAUAUUGUAUCCAAAACAUCUUUUCCGGCGCCAUAUUUGGUGUUUGGCCCCCCUGGUACUGGGAAAACUAUGACUAUGGUAGAAGCAAUAUUUCAGGUUUAUCAUUCCGAUUCAAAAUGCAAGAUUUUAAUAUGUGCCCCAUCGAAUAGUGCCGUCGAUGAAUUAACUAAGCGCUUAGUUAGAAGAGGCAUCUCGAAUUGUGAACUCUUUCGCUGGAUAUCAUCUUCUUAUUCAAUCGAAGCGGUCCCAGUGGACAUAAUAAAAUUUAGUAAUAUCGACUGUAAAUUGGGACAGUAUUUUCACCCUAGCAUUAAGGAGAUUUUGAAGUUCCGUAUUGUAGCUACGACUAUAGUUAGUGCGGCUAAAUUAUACAAUGGUGGCACACCUACUGGACAUUUUACGCACGUGUUUAUAGACGAAAGUGGGCAUGCUAAGGAAUCAGAAACGCUUAUUCCAAUUGCUGGAAUAUUGACUUCUCCUGGAACAUUACAUGGUCAAAUAGUUCUUGCUGGUGAUCCCCAGCAACUCGGUCCUAUAAUUCACUCUGAUCAAGCUAUAACAUACGGUUUUGGAACAUCGAUGCUAGAGCGGUUUAUGAAAACGGUAUCUUUAUAUCAACGUGACGCCAACGGUCAGCAUAAUCCAAAUAUGUUCACAAUGCUUUUGCAAAAUUAUCGGUCUCAUCCUUAUAUCUUACAUACUCCCAACAAACUAUUUUAUGGCAACGAAUUAAUACCUUGCGGAUAUAGCGAAUCAUAUGUUGGGGAAGAGUGGCAGUUCUUAAAAAACAAAAAAAUUCCAGUUUUGUUCCAUGGUGUGAUAGGGCAGGAUAAGAAAGAAAAUAAUUCUCCAAGCUAUUUUAAUAUGGAUGAAGUUGCUGUCGUAAUGAGUUAUAUAGAUAAGUUGAUAAAAUUUGGUUUAAGAAAUUGUCAUAUAAAUGCGGAACAAAUUGGGAUAAUUUCACCUUAUACAAAACAGGUUGAAAAGAUAAGAAAUGCUUGUAGAGCUAAAAAUCUUGAAAAUAUUACCGUCGGUUCUGUGGAAAAAUUCCAGGGGCAAGAACGUUUAGUUAUUCUUUUGUCAACUGUUCGUUCCCAACAACAAAACUGCGACAAUGAUCAGAAGUUUAAAUUAGGCUUUUUACGAAACCCAAAGAGAUUUAACGUUGCUUUAACACGAGCAAAAGCAUUAUUAAUUGUCAUUGGUAAUCCCUUCCUCCUUGAAAAUGAUGAAAACUGGAGAGAGUUUUUAAAGUUUUGUAUAGAAAAUCAUUGUUUGGUCGGCGCACCUUUCAAUUUACGUUGUAAAGUAAAGGUAGAAAAUGUUUUACAGAAACUUGCGGAUAUUACUGUUAAUUAGUUUUUUAUCGUGUUUGAUUAAAAAUAAAUGUUAAUUUUAGCAUAUUGAAAUGACGUUGAAGUUAUUGAAAUAUUCUUUUAUAUUUGUAAGUGUCCUUUUGUCAGUUAAC